GGCGAGAGGGCAAAAUUUUACGGCGAAUGGACAAAAUUUUAGGGCGAAUGGGCAAAAUUUUAAAUAAAUAAAUUAUAAAAUAGUUCAACUAAACUAGUGUUAAUACUCCUAUAAAUUAGUUUUAAGUCUAAUCAAGGUUUUGAUCCCUCAAUUGUCAAACAUACCACAAUCAACAUGUAAUUUUAAGCAGUAGAAUGAAUUUAUACAAUUUAAGCCACAUCAUAGUUUCUUACCACUUUUCAUUUUUGAAAGAUCUGGCGAAAUAACAACUUUAUUCUGUGAAAUAACAUCAAAGCAAUUAGUUGACUUUAUAAAAAAAGGAUAGAAUGAUGAUCAGGAUAAUCGUUGUAGCCUUACUGCUGGCGUCGGCAGGAGCAACAGAAAAUAUAACUGGAGAAUUUAUUGCCACUAACGAAUGGCAGAUUAUAGCCAAAGGACAAGCCAUUCCAAAGGGUUUGCAUGUGCGAAUUAAUUUGCAGACAGGAUUAAAGGAGGCAAAGUUAAUUGAUGAGAAUGAACGUGGCACUUCGUUGCAGGAAAAAAGAGAAGAUGAGAACGAGUCACUUGGCCUGGAUUACAAGCCGGACAUUAUUGAAGAAUCCUUGCGAAAAGUGAAGGAACAAAAGCAACAGAAGAAACAGAACUAUGCCGAACUAAAGAAGGCCUACAAUGAGUUUCAAAAGAAUUUCCGCACUGAUGGAGAACUAAUUGUUGAACUCCUUAAGCAAUACAGAAAUUUUAGUAAAACUCCCAUUGAAUCAGAAUUGAAACUCAAGAUGGACACGUUGGAGAACUUGGAAUAUCUAUUGCAUCAAAUCGACAAUGCUUUAGUCUUUAUAGACAAAGCCGGCUUGGAUGAUGUCCUGCUGCCCAUUGUGGUGAACGAGACGAAUGUGCCAUUGCGUAUAUCGGCCAUGCGAGUGCUGGGCUCUGUCACCAGCAACAAUCCCAAGGCGCAGAUUAAAGUAUUCGAGAAGAAUUUUGGCUCACACCUGGCCCAAAUUUUAAUGAGCUCGACUAAUAGCGGAGAAUUGUCGGCAGCUUUACAUGCUUUUGGAUCACUGCUACGUAAAUUUCCUUUGGCCCAGCAGCGUAUCCUAUCCACAUCAGGCACGCAGGCUCUGAUUAGGGUCUUACGUAGUUCCCAAGUCGAGCUGAGAACCAAGGCAAAAGUGAUAACCAUAAUCAGUGACUUGGUUCAGGAGAAACGUUCCGUGUUGGAGUCAGCUGGCAGCCAAGAAGUACCGGAUGGAACCUCUGCCAUGGCGCAGUAUGUCCUCCUAGAGUUUGAAUCUUGGUUGGAAACUCAUGGCUAUUGUUCUACUAUGGACAAUGUUUUAACCAAGGACUUUCUACAUUUAAUAGAACAGCCGGAGAUAGUGGAACAGUUGUCCAUGACUCUGGAUACUACAGAAAACAUCUGUCAUCCUCUUUGGUCCGAGAGUUCUGGCCUACGUCAUGCUUUGCUUACAAUUCGUAAUAGAUAUGUACACAGCAAAGAUGAAUAUCGUUUAGAAUUAUCCCAAAUACUAACUAAAAUCUGUGAAAAGCUUUUCAACAAAGCCGCCAAACAUACCGAACUUUAGACAACAACGAAACGAAUACACAGAGAGAGAGAGAGACAGUGAAAGUUUUUAGUCAAUUUUUAGUUUACAAGUUAAAUUAUGUUAUUUAAUUCAACUUAAAGCCAAAAUAUGUCAAACAUUAUUUAAACUAUAAGUUAAUUGCCAAGUACUUGUGAUGCACAAAUCCUCGUAAAUGUUAAAAUAAACCUUGUUAUUUACCUAUA